AUGGCGCCACCAGCUAUUCCAGAAUUUCUGAAAGGAUCCGAAGUUCCAAUUACCUUCAACCGAGAGGAUCACCCGCCAGCAGUGUACCGACCAGGGCACGCUGCCCUUGUACUCGAUGCCCAAAUUGGCAACUACGCCAUGACCAAGGUCUUCAUGGAUGGAGGUAGUGGCCUCAACAUAAUCUUCACGGAUACCCUGCGAAGGAUGAACAAGGCAGUCGAUAAUCUGCCUGAAUCGACAAACACCUUCCAUGGCAUCGUCCCAGGCAGAGCGGUACACCCAAAAGGUACAGUCCAACUCGACGUUACAUUCGGAACACCUGAACACUUCAGAACUGAGUCGAUUGAGUUCGAAGUCGUCGACUGGAAAUCACAAUAUCACGCUAUACUUGGGCGUCCGACGUUUGCAAGAUUCAUGGCUGUCCCACACUACGCUUAUCUCAAGCUCAAGAUGCCAGGCCCAAAGGGAGUGAUAACAGUCAAUGGAAAUUUCCAAAGAUCGGAUUCAUGCGAUCGAGACUUCAGCAAAAUCUCUGAGAUGUACGGGAUAGAGAAGACACUCGCAGAACUUGAGAUCACCAAUGAUCGCACGCUCCUGCCAGAACACAAGAGGAUGGCAUCCGAUAGAGAAUUCAGUGCUACAGACGACACAAGGAAGCACCAGGUGCACCCGACUGACCCCUCCAAGACGGUCAAUGUAUCGUCAAGUCUAACUGUCGCAUAG